AUGAGCGAAAACGAUGACAUCGACGUGGACAGUGAUGCAGACAAGAGAGCACAUCACAAUGCAUUGGAACGCAAGCGCAGGGACCACAUUAAGGACAGCUUUCAUGGUUUACGAGAUUCUGUCCCUGCGUUACAAGGAGAAAAGGCUUCCAGAGCACAGAUUUUAGACAAAGCCACAGAGUACAUCCAAUUCAUGAGACAAAAAAACCACACCCAUCAGCAAGACAUCGAUGACCUUAAGAAGCAGAAUGCACUUCUGGAGCAACAAGUUCGCGCAUUAGAGAAGGCUAAGGGAAACAAUACACUUGCAAAUAAUUACUCAUCAGACAGCAGUUUGUACACAAAUCGCAAAGGGAGCGCAGUAUCUGCGUUUGACGGCGGAUCAGACUCCAGCAGCUCAGAGUCGGAGCCUGAGGAACCCCCAAGUAGGAAGAAGCUACGUCUAGAGAACAGCUAA